UUCUCGUUUUCAGUGUUGAAUUUCCGAACACGAGCGAUGCGAGCAGUUGUUGAAUGAUUGUUCCCUAUGUGUUCAGUUUUAGUGGCUCGUGUAUGCUGCUUCAGGGCCACUACGAUUCAUUGACAACCUGCUCGCGUUGCGAUACUUCCUGACUUUCUCUGCCAAUACGGUUUUCGAGUGAGGGCAAAAAUCUUGAGGGUGACGGAAAUCCCUGUAACUCGUGACUCUGUAAGAAAAAAAUCUAGUCCUUUUAUGAACUUCAUGCCGGCGUUGACGCGAAACGCGUGAAACUGUGAUGGAAGAUUAUGCGGAAAAUAUCGAGACGGUUAAAACUUAUAAGCAUAAACUCGAGAAGUAUUCCUUGCUACGGGAGAAUGAAAAGGUGACGAGCUAUUUGCGAAAGCUGAAGAAUUUUCCAGUGACUUUGGAGAUCCUGCAGGAGACCGGAGUCGGGAAAACGGUGAACAACUUGCGCAAGUAUGGUGGUCACAUCGGGGAUAAAGCUCGGGAUUUAGUGAAUAAGUGGAAGGCGUUGGUGUUGGUGGAUGAGGACGAACCUAGACCUAGUCCGCAGCGUCCCAACGAGGAGGAGGAAGAAGACGAUGAUGAGGACGAGGACGAUGCAGAACCGAAUAUGCAGAUUGACGAGUCGGCUCCGGACCUGGAGCCGCAGCCUGAACCACGAGAACCCGACCCCGAGCCAGAACCCGAAAAACCUGAAGAAGAACCCAUCCCGUCUCCGGCGAAAUCGGAACCGGAACCGGACGUGGAUCCCCCGAGUCACGAGGAGAAACCGAAAAAACGGAAGAAGAAGUCCAAGGACAAAGACAAGGAAUCGAAGAAGUCCAAGAAAAAGCGGCGUCUAGAAGAUGAGAAGCCUGUAGUUGAGAAGAAAUUAGUGGACUGCGAUCUGUUUUCCGGCAAUAUCCCUGACCCUAAGCCGUCGAAGCUCAAAUUGCCGGAUAAUUUACUUUUGCCCGAAAUUAGCCCUAAUUAUGUGCCGCAACGGGCUCCACCGCCGCCGGACACUCCGAGUGUGUCACAAACCAACGGGAUUAAACGUCCCGAUAAGCCCCUGGCUUCCCAUCUUGCCGAAAUGUCCGAGCACGAGGCUCUUAAUUGGGCAAUGAGCGCCAAAACCAAGAAAACAAAAGUCUACAGUGGCAUUGCGAAAGGAAACUCCGGCGUUGUGCCGAAGCUGGAAGCGCUGUGUUUGAAGGUGUUGGGUGACCAUGUGAACUCGCUGCACAAGUUGCCGACCAUUUACGUGAUGCCGUACUUGCUUAUCAAGCCAAUCCUGUUCAAGUGUAAUCCCGACCAGCUUCUUCACUUGGAGGACCUUAAUCCCCACUGGAUCGAGGACACCGAUGAACAGUGGGAGCUUUUAGCCAAGCGGGAAUUCAAAUCCGAGACGAAGGAGAACUACGAGUCAUGGAGGGAAAUGUAUAUGCGUUGUAAGGAUGAAAGGGACAUCAAACUGCGGCGGUUGACGGCGUCAAUAUCGCGGAACGUGAAGACGGACAAAUCCUCGUUGAAGAAGACAAAGCUGGCUUAUGUCGAUGUGCCGACGAAGCCGGCACAACGGAAGGUGAAGCUCGGCGAGUCAUCCUUAUCCACGCUGAAGAGUUCUUCCUCGACCUUGUCAUCGUCAUCAUCGUCGUCAUCGUCUUCUAAGGUGGACAUGGCAUCCGCGGCGAACCGGGCCAACAUUUUGAGUACCGCCGUUGGGCCAAACUCGGGAACGAACGUGGCUGUGCCCGCUGUGGGGAGAGCUUCGAAUGGCGGCGGCAGUAGUCGUGCUCCUGCUGCUCCGAAAAAGCCGAAACCAGCGCCGUUGAUGGUGAAAUCACUGAAACUCAUGAAGAACCGCUAUCGUUGACCGCAGAGUAGAAUUACGACCCGAAAUUCUUCUCUUCUCUUUGGCGAAAGAAAACACGAGGUGAUAAGUUGUGUGUGUACUGUUUUGCGUUCAUGUCGGCGGAUUUUUCGUUGGCCUAACUGUGACAGCUCGAAGCAAAAAGAAAAUUUUUGUGCUGAUCGUGAACUGGGAUGAGGUUUUAUUCGUGAUUUCCUUGUGGAAAGAAAAGAAAAUUUUUGUCUUCUUGUUACCGAGGAAACGGCGGAGCAGAUGUUUUGCUCUGGAACUUCCGAACAUCGAUGACUUUUUAGCCCAGGGUUUAAGUGGCUCCAUUCUUUGAGAAGCAUUGGUCCUACCUUUAUUUGCCGCAUUUAUGGAACACUCAGGAGGUGAAUAAAAGGUGUUGUCUGCAGAUGAAUCGCCCGUUCAACA